UGAAACGGCAAAAUGACGGAAGAAAAGGACAAUGAGAAGUCCCUUUUGGACAACCAGGAAGAUCAGAAGACCAAUGCCAGCCAUGUUGUUUUGGCGGAGGAGGACGACCCUGACACGCAGUGCGGGAUAGGAUCGUGCAAACCACGUGCAUUUCAAGUCUUUGCCAAUAUUACAGCCUUCACAGGUUUCUUCAGCCUCACGAGCUUUCUGUCAUCAACGCUGUUGGCAUAUGUUAAUUCCCAAGUCACGACACUGGAGCGUCAGUUUGGCUUUACAAGCUCAGAAACUGGUAUUAUAAUGGCCAGUAACGACAUUGGCUAUAUGCUGAUUGUCGUUUUCGUAGCCCACUUUGCCCAUCGAUCUCAUAUUCCCAGGGUUAUGUCAGCAAGUGUCAUGCUUUUUGGCAUUUCCGGUCUGAUUUGCUGCUUGCCUCACUUCCUGUUUGGAACGGAACAGUCGCCCACCGAGGAAUACGUUUUAAGUAAUGCGACGUCACGAGUGUAUGGCCUGUGUUCGUUAGCAAAUGACUCGCUCAUGAACUUUUGUGAAGAAUCUGACUCUCCUGAAAAGCCGGAAGUGACGUCAAACAGACCACGUGAUCAUGCGGCUGCGGCGUUUUGGAUAAUCAUCAUCGGGAUGGCUCUGCAAGGCGUAGCAAAGGCCCCAAGAAACGCGUUUUCGAUAACAUAUGUAGAUGGAAAUGUGGCAAAAGCCAAAACAGGAUAUUAUAUGGGCAUCAUCAUUAGCAUGAGCAUCUUCGGUCCAGCCAUUGCCUUCAGUCUCGGCAGCUACUUCACCAGGAUAUAUGUCACGUUGGAAGACACAGACCUGUACCCCCGCCACCCUCGUUGGAUCGGUGCCUGGUGGCUGGGAUACCUCGUGUUCGGGGCUGCAGCUGUUAUCAUGAGCAUUCCUGUCUUCUUCUUCCCCCGCAGAUUGAAGAGUGCACCGCCCAGUAAUGUUGAGGACGAUCUAAAGAAGAGGAAGAGGGAUAUUAGCCUCAUAGCCAAACUUAUUUUCGAGGCGAGAGAUUACUUAAAGGUGUUUGUUGGCAUCUUGACCAACCCUCUGUACGUCACUCUGGUCAUGGCCAGUGUGUGUCAUCUAUUCUCUGUUGGGGGAGCGCAUGCCUUCAUGCCCAAGUACAUGGAAAACCAGUUCGGCCUUCCAGCAUGGAAAGCCAACCUUCUCAUGGCUGGUCUGAGUAUGCCGAUGGCGUCACUGGGAACAUUUGUUGGCGGCUGGUUGACCAAAAAGUUUAAAAUGAACCCCAUAACAGGGUUGAAGUUUGUCAACAUCUUCACGUUCGUCACGGUUCUAGUUGUCGCCCUUGGAUUUCUGUUUGGAUGUCCACAACCAAAGAUACUGAACCAACCUGGGUCGACACUAUCAUCGGCGGCUGACCAAGGCGAAUGCGGUAGUUCCACCUGCCACUGCAACGACAACGACUUCUUCCCCAUCUGUGGCUCCGACAACAACAACUAUUACUCACCGUGCCACGCAGGGUGCCUCGCCCAGAAAGGACCGAGUUACACGAACUGCACGUGCAUACCCAACGGUGGCAGGGCGAGCCCGGGUCUGUGUGACUUCGACUGUCCAUACCUGUAUCCCUACGCUGUGACCCUUGCUGUCUCGGCCUUUCUCAGCACAAUGCUUAUCAUGCCAAAGGUCAUCAUAAAGAUCAGGAGCGUCACAGAAUGGGAGAAACCGAUUGCGAUUGCGUUUUCAUCGUUUAUGACGUCAAUGUUUGGCUUUCUUCUUGGACCAAUCAUAUACGGCCGCGUCAUAGACUCCACCUGCCUGAUUUGGGAUUCGCCUUGUGGUGAAAGAGGAGCAUGCGCAUUAUAUGAUAUCGUCGACUUCCGUCAGAAAAUGCAUGGAUUCUUCGUAGUAUCGCGUGGUGUAACCUGCUUCUGUUUGCUCAUCGCUCUGGCAAUUGCCGUUAAGACUAAAAAGUUGCAAAAUGUCAAGCCCACGAAGGAAAAUGAAGAGGAGGUGAUCCAAGGAUAAAAAUAGUGAAAUAUGAUUGCAGCGAGCAGGGUGUUACCAACUUAUAAAUCAGUUCCUGCCAAAGACAUAUAUUCACUUCUUUUUGUCAGUAAAUCAAGUCUUAAUUCUGGCUGUUUCUCUGAUAGGAUGAGAUAGACAUUUUUCCCCUUUUACACCGCUUUUAGAAUUAUGCCAUCAACGUCAUGUCGACAGGGGGCGGUACGGUAGCCUAGUGGUUAAAGCGUUCGCUCGUCUUGACGAAGACCCUGGCUCAAUUCCCCAAAUGGGUACAGUGUGUGAAACCCAUUACUGGUAUCCCCCGCCGUGAUGUUGCUGGAAUAUUGCUAAAGCGGCGUAAAACCAUACUCACUCACUCAUGUCCACGGACAUGGAUUCCACACAUUGUUAUUAUAUGGUGAAUAGAAUUCACGUCCUCGGCUUUUGCAUAACGAUCACUGGCUAUAGUCUAAUUCUGUGAAUUACUUAGUCUGUGUCAAGAUUGGUCAAUGCUAUUUUAAACACGUGCUUAUGGUAUAGUCAGCCAUCCAAAGUACAGA